UGGCGGAUGUUAUGUUUGAAAAGCUGCAGUGAAAAGUAAUCCUCGAGAUUCAGGCGUUUUUUUCCAGUUUUAAAGAUAUCUUGACUGAAUCAGGGAUUUCCUGAAGUUCUGUAAAUACUCAUUGGAUAAUUGUAGAAAUCAGUGGACCCUAAUAACACCAAAAUUACAGUUACCGUGGAAAUGGAGUCGAGGACUGAAUUUAAAUUGAAAAAUCCACCGACAGAUGCGAUAUCUGCGGUGGAGUUUGGUCCAAACUCCACGCAAUUUCUUCUGGUGUCUUCCUGGGACUCUUCAGUGAGAUUGUACGAUAUUCAUGCAAACACAAUGAGACUGAAGUAUAGUCAUGAGUCUCCAGUGCUCGAUGUUGCCUUCCAGGAUGCAGUCCAUGCAUACAGUGGUGGUCUCGACAACACCCUAAAGAUGUACGACAUAAAUGCAAACACCCAGACCAUCAUGGGGACCCACGACAACGCAAUUCGUAAAAUUGAGUACUGCUCGACUGUAAAUGCGAUAUUAACGGGUGGUUGGGACGCUGCAGUGAAAUUAUGGGACACAAGAUCACCGACUUGCGUUGGCACUUACAUUCAGCCCGACGUUGUUCUAGCAUUGUCGGUUUGUGGGGAUAAAUUCGUCGUGGGAACUGCAAAGAGGAAAGUCUGCAUCUGGGAUCUCAGGAACAUGUCUGGAAUGUUCCAGAGGAGGGAGAGCAGUCUCAAGUAUCAGACCAGGUGUAUCAAGGGUUUUCCUAACGAACAGGGAUAUGUGCUUAGUAGUAUUGAGGGCAGAGUAGCAGUGGAAUACCUAGACACAACGCCCGAGGCCCAAAAGAAGAAAUACGCUUUCAAAUGUCACAGGAUAAAAGAGAACAAUAUCGAGUGUAUUUAUCCAGUGAAUGCCAUCAGCUUCCACUCAACGUACAACACAUUUGCCACCGGUGGUUCAGACGGUUAUGUCAACAUCUGGGAUGGCUUCAACAAGAAGAGACUGUGCCAGUUCCACAGGUACAACGCCGGCGUGGCUGCCCUCAGUUUCAGCCACGAUGGCUCAGUCCUCGCUAUCGGUGUGUCGUUCUUAGAUCCCAAUGAAAGUGCCUCGCACCAAGACGAGAAGGAAAUUUACAUCAGAUACGUUAACGACCAGGAGACAAAACCCAAAUAAAAUUAGAAUAACUCAGAAUUUUUAAUUGAUGAGGAAUGAAAAACAUUGACGAAUUUUAAUCAGUGCAUUUAUAAGGUACAACAAAUUUGGAAUUGUAAAAAAAUGAAUUUCUAAUUUAUGGAUGACAUUGAAGGACUGGUGAAUAAAUAGCAGAUCAUUAUUUCUUAAAAAAUAUAGAUUUGAUUUAUUAUCUUUAUUUUCAUCUCCAAUUUCCUCAGGAAUGAAAUGUUAAUCUCACUUUACAUCGACUAAAGUUUGUAAAUAAUGACACGUAAUUUCAUAAAAAUAUCAAAUUAAUUCAAUACAAGGAUUAUGAUUGUAAAACAUGAAUUGAAUAAUUUGUGGAUGACACUGAAGGGCUGUUGAAUAAACCGAAGAUCAUCAUUUUUCUAAAAAAUAUACAUUU